CAUGGCUCAAGCUGUGAUCUGGACCAGAGAGAUUUUCUGUCAGAGUGGAUCCCGCCCGCAAGGAUGACUGCUGUCCCCGUCCAAAACAAGACUGCGACAGGCCAAAGAAGAGAUGUUUAAUUUGGAUAAUACAGUUUGGACUCGUCGCUGCUCUAGCCCAACGUGCUGACGUGAACAACCAAACGUAAGUUGGCAAAACUCGGUUGUGUAACAACUGACGAGCUAGUCCCUUGGCAACUUUAUGGUAGCAAUAAGAAAAGCUCGUGUUUUACUGUGUCUUUUAACGCCAAACAUUAUAAAGACCUUAUUAUUUAUGUACGUGUAUUGAAAAAAGUUACUUGCCUGUUGCGAAGACUUGUCAGCGACGAAUAAAAGGCCUCAGCAAUCGGUAUCCACCUUUACAGACGCCAUGGCAACGGAGGCCAACAGGUAAGCAGUGUUGCCAGAUCUCGUGAGAAAAAAAGCAACCAGCCAUAUGAAAACAAACCCAAAAUAAACCCUAAGUUUUGGGGGGGAGCAGACGACAACUUGCUAAUAGUCGGCGCGCGAUGCACCAAUCAUGUGCGACGCAUUAGCUAGUGCCGCGCGAAAAACUCAUUUUAAAAGUGUGGCGGCUUUUAUUUUGUUGUGAUUUUGCGCCACAAUUGAUAACAUGUAAGGGAAACUAACUAUCGAACUUGCGUUUUGCUUUGCUGGAGCUGGGGAGCUGUAACAUAAUCGAGGAAUUCACACAUACAGGAAAGCAAGCCCAAAUAAGCAACUGCUAGUCAAAAACAAGCCCUCCAAAAACCGCAUCCCGCGACUCACGAGUUUUACAAGCGACUCUUGACUUGGCAACUAUGCAGGUAAGUAAAUUUUCGCGACGCAGCCAAUACGUCACGCAGUGAAUUAUGGGAUUUUGGCGCCAACAACGAUCCUCUUUUUUUUUUUUCUUUUUUUUUUUUGUUUGCCAAUGAACAAGAGGAAGAGGAAGGACUUUUUUUUCCUACCUUUGUGUCUCAGUUGUUCUACUGCCUGUUGAGAGUUAUUAACCACUGAAUACAAUAAUUUACAGAGUAACAAUGUAGGCCUAUUAGUUUGGUUGUGUGUUUUGUGUUACUAAUAUUGAAAUGUUUAAGCACUCAUGUGAACUUUAUCCUCUUCAAAUGAUAAUUAAUGACUUCUCCCUAGAGAAAUCAUGACUGCUUGUGCACAGAGCUAGGUCUGUGUAUACAAAGGUUCAGAAAAAUUAAAAGAUUCACCUUCUGGAUGAAAGUUUUUUUUUCUGUGCUCUUGGUUUACCAGUUAUUUUGUGACACCACAGCUUCAGAGCCGAAUGGGGUCCAUAAUGGAGUUUAUGUAAGAUAGCAGUCCAAGGCUAAGGAAACAGCAAAAUGUAUGUACUGUCUGCUUCUUACACUGUGCAUUAUUAUAUGUGGGGUGUGGAGUCGUAUUGCUAAUUUUGGAUUUUUCCUUGAGGCAAUGCCCUAGUCAUUCACACUUUGUUCAGGUUAAGCACAUUAACCAUUUGGAAAGAUUAGAGGUUUUGGCAAUUGUGUUUAGGGCAAAGCAGGAAAACGGAAGUGCAGAGGGUAGAAACUGGCAUUACUAACCAGGUUUACCAUCCCGUUAAAGAUCACCGAUUUCAUAUGGGAACUUUUUCAGCUUUGGUUUCACUGCAAGUUGACUUUUUAUUUUUUCUUCAGCCUGGAAUUUCAGAUAUAUUCAUGUUUUAUGCAUUCAUUUAUUCCCCCCAACAACCACAAAAAUUGUCCUCUGACUUGGUGAUACAGUGACAAAUUCCCCAGUCACUAUCUGUAAAGCACCUCAGUGUUUUUCUCCAGUUUCUUUUGUUUGUUUGUUGAUUUUGAAACUUUUUUUUUUCAUGUUCCACAGAGUAUGAAAAUUAUAGGAGUUAUUGUUCUUCCUAUUUAAUGGUGUUCUGACUCAACCCACCUGCAAUUAUUGGCAAUCACUCAAUCACUUGUUUCAAGUUAAUGCAAUAAUGAUUUGCAAAGUCACUUAAAAACUGGCAAAUUUGCUGUCUUCACACCUCUUUCAUCAAAAUAACCCAUGUGAAUAAAACAGCUGUGCCGCACAUAUUAAAGCCAUUCAGAAAUGCCCAGUACCAUUCAAUAGAUUUACCACUUUGACAGGAGGUGAUAAAUCGUAACAAUAAAUAGCAAGUGGCUCACUAUUCAGCUGAACAAAUAGAACAAAAUCAUGAAUAGUUUAGUUUUGAUUUUGAUGCUUUUACCACUCCCUUUAAACCGAUGUUAUCCAAACAAAAUAUGUCGAACAAAAUAACAGGCCUACGCUUUUCUGUCUGAUUUUUAUAUUCAGUUCAGGAAAGAUGCACAGUAAAAAUCUUAAUGCUUAUACGAACAACUUUGUUUUUUAUUAAUACUGGAGAAAAAUAAAAUAACAGUUUUAUAAACUAACCUGUUUUCUGAUCUGAAUGCAUUAGCUGUGGUUACUUUCAAUACAUUGAUUGAUUAUCAUUGAUGUUGCUUUAUAAUCGUUGAUUAAUGUGCUAUUAGUUCUACUCUGCUGCUUUACAAAUCCACUGAGCUGUCCUCUGUUCUCCAACAGGUGCUGAGUUUGUGAUGUGAUAAAAGGGUCAUGCCUUUGGUAAAGAGGAACAUUGAGCCUCGCCACCUGUGCCAUGCUGCAGUGCCUGAUGGUAUUGGCAACGAGCUGGAAUGUGUAACCAACAACACGCUUUCUGCCAUCAUCCGUCAGCUCAGUAGUCUAAGUAAGAUCCUAUGUUUUAAAUGUAUGUUAAAAUGUAAGUCACAUUUAAUUGUUUGAAUCAAAAUGCUUCAUACCACAACAUGCAUCUAAAAGGUUUGGUUACAGGAAUGAAGCUGUAUAACACAGAAACUGACUGGCAAACCAUCUGUAAGGCAUUUCUAUGACUAACCCAGCAUUAAGCAACUAAGUUUUGAGUAUACGGUAACUGCCCCGUAAUGAUCCUUGAAAAGGUAAUGAAAAGUCAUGAAAAAAAUGUAUCUUGAGAGUUGGGCAAUGUCAUUUAUGUUCACUUUUACCUUUUUCUUUAUACUACCAAUGUGUUUUUUGUUUAUCAGAAGUCAGUGCUAUUUUGUGAGCUCUCAGAUGAUUUAAAAACAGCAUGCUUUCUUACAUGUACUUGCAUUUUGCGUGCUAAAAUCUUCUUAAUCCCCUGAUCUCCUUUAUCAGAAAACAGUAACCAUACAUCCUAGUGUCACACCUGAUAAGUGGACAGAAAAUACAAGUUUUAACUUGAAUGCAAAGCAGUCAUCUGCUUAGUUUUUGAGUGCAUGUACAGUUGACUUUAUCAUCCCAUAGUGUUGUAAAUUCAAGUAAACACAAACAUCAUACCCAGUAUACCCCCAAGACAGAAGAGGGGCGGUGUCAAUGGUUGUUGAUUUGAGAAAAUGUCCUUUAAAUAUUGUGUUGUGUCAGUCAUGUAUUCAAAACUGUCCCUGAAAUAUGAAAAAGCAAGUGAAAAUGUAGAGGUACAGACUAUUUUAGGAAGCAAAUUUACUCCAGGACAUCUGGCGCAUGUGUGCUCUGAUUAGUGUUACUUUGUGUGUUCCUGUGUGUGUUUUUAUGUGCGUGUGUGUGUGUGUGUGUGGAUUUAGUGAAGAUACAGAAGCUUAGAGCUUACCGUAGAGCUUUGUUUCACAGGCGGAUAAGACGCAGAGUCAGUGGGUGGAGUCAAAAACACAGGCAGUCUAAUGAUAGCUCCUUCAUUAAGUGGAUCUGAGCAUUUUUAACCUACAGCCAUUCAUGCUGUUCUGUGUGACGAUCAAACGAUUAACUCUUAAAGCUGUAGGGAAAUGUAGCUGAUUCAGAUAAAUAUUAGAAGUAAACCAAAUUACUGUUUUAUAAAACCUUUUCAAACAGAGCACAUUUAAUCUCUGUAUGUAUUUAUAGGUCUAUGUAUUAAAUAACAUUAUUAAUGCACCUCCUUUAUAUGCCAUUAUAGAAUGUAAUCCUUUUCUGUUUAGUUUAGUUUUUGAUCUUAUAUUUCUUUGAAAUGAAAUCUGUGACUUCCAGCACUCUAUUGAACAUUAUACAUAGCUUUAUAGUGUUCAAAGUUAGUUUUAAACAAGCCCAAAAUAUGUUUUAAAGUUGCUUCUUGUGAAUUGCAUGCAGUAAUUUAACUCCGAAUUACUUCUGAGGCCUUAUUUAAUCAUAGAACAGAAAAUAAGUACAUGAUUGGUAAAAAUGGGUGCGUUUCAAGUAAAGGGAAUUGUCAUGCAGAGUUCAGUGUUUUCCAAGUCCAUCUGAUUUUAUAUUGUGUUCUCUUGGUGCUCUAUACUGCACUUUUGUUUUUUGUUUUUGAAACGUUUGACGCAUUUCCUAGAUAGAUAGCUUAUUUUACUGUUUCUCUUUACUUCUUUUUUUGUUCUGGUUGCAGGUACACAUGCAGAAAAUGUUUUUGGGGAGCUUUUUAAUGAGGCCAACACCUUUUAUGGGCGUGCCAACUCUCUCCAAGACCGUAUCGACCGUUUGGCCGUCAAGGUCACCCAGCUGGACUCCAGCGUGGAGGAGGGUUAGUCCAAUGGAAACCAUCUGUCUGUUUAUUUAAUAUCUUAUUUUCUACCCUGUCAUUCAUUCACCCAUGCUUUUUAUUAAACCCAAAAAACCUCUGUCUUUCUGUUUUGUAGUCUCGCUUCAGGACAUAAACAUGAGGAAGGCAUUCAAAAGCUCUACUGUUCAAGACCAGCAGGUUUUGUCAAAGGGCAGCAUGCCCAUCUCUGUGGCUGAAAUUCACAACCGCAGCGACAAGCCCCCACCCCUUGGUGCGCUUACUGCUUACAGGUACUGCAUGAGUGAAUGAAAACUGUAGCUUCCAACAGUUCAUAUAUUCAGGUAAAGUGCCUCUUUACAUAUUAAAAUUGUUGUCAACACACAGGGAGGACUCCCAAAAUGCUAUGAAAUUCUACUCCGACCCUUCGUACUUUUUUGACCUGUGGAAGGAGAAAAUGCUUCAGGAUACUGAGGAAAAGCGGAAAGAAAGACGGAGGCAGAGGGUGAGCAGAAUUUACCUGUACAUUUACCAUGCACAUGUUUCGGAGACGGAUUUUCAUGUCCCAACCCCCCCCCCCCCCCCCCCAUCCACCCUACACAGGAACAAAAACGAUGUGUGGAGAGCAGCACCAUUCAGCGAGAGGUGAAGAAGGUGAGAAAGGUGAGAAAUCGCAGGCAGGAGUGGAACAUGAUGGCGUUCGAUAAAGAGCUUCGACCAGAUCACCGUCAUCCACAGACUCUUCUUAGAGGAGCUUCAUCUGAGGGCUCACUCUCUCCUGAUGGCAGGUUAGAGAUAACUUGGCAAAGUAAUGUCUGUCUCCUCAAUGAACUACAACAGGGUAAAACUUUAAAAACUGCAAACACAAGUUUGAUAAUGACAGCACUGUGAUGUACAAAAUGUGUUCUCCAUUUCUCUGUAAUUAUGAAUGAAUGUCUUUAGUUUUGAAUAUUCAAAGAAGGCGAUAUGAUAUCUGUUUUAAAAAUGACUUUUAAGGGUUAGAAUAUGGUAGGAAAAAGAUUGUAUUUCUUAUUUUUUGCUACUUGACUUUGUGAGUCAAGUAGCAAUUUCUUUGUUGUAGAAAUUUUCUGUUUGUAUUUACUUAAAAAAAAAUCCACCAUCUGGAUAUCAUCUGAAUGAGAAGCUUUUUGUCUUUCAUUUUUUUAUUCAGACCUGACCUCCCAGACUACCCCGUCCCUCCUGUGCCCGCCCAUGCUGUUUGUAAUUUUGCCAAGUCACAUGAUAACCCGCCCUCCUCACCACCUGUUGAGCAUGAAUACCACAGCAUUGAUAUAAACUACAAGAGAGUGACCUAUGACACUGCAGAGCCCCCUAUGAACAACUCGACGCAUCCAUCUGCAGACUACAAGUAUGUUUGAUUCCUGUUUGUAUCAUCAGAGAGAGUUCAAUGUUAAACUGUUCAAUAAUAACUGUUUCUUUUCUGUUCUUGUUGUUUAGCUCUCCCCCUCUACCUCCUGCCCCAGGCCCACCCAUCCCCUCAGCUCAGACAGCAUUUGGUUUCCCUUCAGAUGCACUUUCACCAACAUCACAUAACGGAGUUUCCCACAUAGGCCCAGGCUUCUCACUCCCACCUGUACCUCCUCCAGGGUUACACAUGAUCCCCCCUCCCCCAGGCCCUCCUCCUCCCCCACUCCCUCCCCCAGCUGCACCCUCACACCUAACGGGAUCUGGUGAAGGGGUCAGAGGUGAGACCAAGCCUGUGAGAGAUGCAAGGAGUGACCUGCUGUCUGCUAUCCGUAUAGGUGGGUUAUGGUAUUUGUAUCCUCACCUGUGCAUAAUGAGUGCACCGUAUUAUGUCUCUGUUUAUAUGCUGUUCGUGUAUGUGUGUGUUGCUUUCAGGUAUCCAGCUUAAGAAAGUUCAAGAGCAGCAGGAGCAGCAGAACAAGCGGGAACCCGUGGGAAAUGAUGUGGCCACCAUCCUGUCUCGACGUAUUGCUGUGGAAUACAGUGACUCUGAGGAUGACUCUGAGCUGGAUGAAAACGAGUGGUCGGACUGACAUUACUCAAUGCAGAGUACCGAGAUGGAAAACUAUCAUUUUGGCCCCACCUAGUGGACUCUACUGUAUACAAUCCACUGCUCAAGACAUGUUACUUUGUCCUGUAUUUUUCAGAAGUGCUGCCUCAGUCAUCCUUCAUCAGGAGACUGUCUAUGUGAGCAGGUGCUCCUGAAAACGUUCAUCAUUCAGACCUCCUGUACAUUUUUCAGACAUAGAUGAAUUUAAUGUUUAAUACAUUUUUGAGAGUCUACCAAUGAUGAAUGUGAGCCAUAAGUUUGUUUUGUAAUCUGUUUUAACCCAAAAUAUGUGUUUCCGUAACUUAUACUCUCCUUAAAACUUGCACCUCAAACAAAAAAGGCCUGCCUAUUAUUGCACCACCUAGUCAAAUAAAAUUUGACAUGUGUCUGUAAGAAAACUAAGUAUAAAUUGGCUGAAUUUCAUACAGCUGCUCCAGUUCCUUGGUCAUGUGCAUCACUCCAGUCCACUCUUCAAGAGUCAUCAUUUAAGGUUUAAGAAAAUUCUCCAUUGUAAUAUGGCAAAAUGUCUAACUGUGAAAAGACCUAUUGCUAAUGAAUAAGAGCACUAAUAGAUAAAAUAAAAGUUUAAGGUUAUUUGUUUUAUUGUUUUACUGAAUUACACAGUUGUUUUUAUUUAUUGGACUAAACAUACCGCUCCCUACAAUGAUGAUGUAAAUCUCAAGACCUCCUUUUGAAAUGUUGUCAUUACUACCUCAGUUUGUGCCCAUCAAGCUGCCCUGCAGUUUGUUUUGUAUCAUGAACAGUAUGAAACAGGUUUGUAUUGCCAUCAAAUUGUUGUCAUUUGUCUCUAAAAAAAUGUACCUAAUAAUUAAAAUUUUGG